AUGGGUGAAGAGAAAGAAAGCAAAACAUAUUCAAAAAAUCUUUUAUCUUCAUUAAGAGGGCAACAGAUUGAAACAAAUUAUUGUGAUUUCAUGAUCAAAAUUGAAAAAGAGGAAUUUUCUGUUCAUAGAAAUAUUCUUGCUGCAGCUUCAUCUUAUUUUGAUGAAAUGUUAUACAAUGAUACAGAAGAAAGGCAGAAUGGUUAUGUGGAAGUCAAUGACUUAGACCUAGAUGUGGUGAAACAGUGUGUUGAUUUUAUAUACACUGGUAAAGUUGUACAAACAAUAGAUAACAUAGAAAACCUGAUUUUUGCUGCAGAUUUGUGGAAACUAUGCGACCUCGUUGAUACAUGCUUCGAAUAUUUGUUGGAUAAUAUGAGUGUUGAAAAUUGUAUACAGUUUGCAAACUUGACUCAGGCAUAUAACCAUAAGAAUUCAAAGCAAGAAAUAAAUGAUUUCAUCAUUAAAAACUUCAAAAGCGUUACUGAAAAGGACAAAUUCUUGGCAAUAAAUAAAAAAGACUUGUGUGCCAUCAUCUCCAAAGUUUCAAAUGAAGUCUUAAAGUGGAAUGCUGCUAUAAAGUGGGUAAAAGUAGAAAACCGUGAAAAAGAAUUCGUUGAUCUAUUGAAAUUAAUCAAGUUGGAGAAAUUAUCAAAAGAUUUUAUCAGGAAAAACGUUAAAACAGAGCCUCUUAUGAAUGAGUCCAUGGAAUGUAAAGAUUUACUGAUAGAUGCUAUGCUUGAAACCAGGAGUGAAAAUUUAGAGAUACAGAAAACAUUUCUGCAGGAAGUAGAAGAGUCAAAUGAAAUUGAUGAAAAUGAGGGACCCCAGCCUUACUUUGUGGUACUCCGUGAAGAAAGUCGCAUCCUUCAUAAAUUCAACUGCAGCAAAAAAGAUUGGUCACAGAUUGUGAGAAUACCAAGAUAUGUAUCUGAACAAAAACCAGACAUAUUUUCAAUAAACAACACUAUUUAUUUGCACCAUGGAAAAUAUUUGAGAAAAUUGAAUGGCAAAGAAUGGAUAAAUUUGGCAUCUAUGUUACAUGAGCCUUCCUAUUUCAGAUGUGUUACUUUCAAAGGCUUCAUAUAUGUCAUUGAAGGAUGGAAAACUUCGUCAUAUAGUCUAGAAGAAAAUACAUGGACUGAAGAUUUAGAAGGUUGUGGAUUGGGGCGAGGAUUUGCAGUAACAACAUCUGAUUCAUAUAUCUAUGCAAUGGGAGGUGAAGAAACAAGUAAACAAGCUAAAGAAUUUGAUCCCAAUUUAAAAAUAUGGGAACCAAUUAAAAGCAUGGACACCUCAAAACAUUUCUGUUCAGCAACAUGGUUUGAUGAGAAGAUCUAUGUACUUGGAGGUUAUAGGUCUUUGAACAGAUAUGGACAUAUUGAUUCUUGGUCAUCCUCUGAAGUUUAUACCAAUUCAGUCGAUACCUGGAGCAGCCUGUAUGAAUGGAAUCUGACAAAACCUAACAUCAAGGCAUUUAUAGUAAAACAGGAAAUUCAUCUGAUUGGUGAUAGCAACUAUGUAACAGUGCUAUUCAUGUCAGGUGGAAAAUAUGAGAUGAAAAAUAUAGAUGUUGGUGGGAAUUGCUCUCCUAUCGCAUGUCUAAUUUAUGAAUGA